AAAGUACAAUGUCGGAUCACAGUUCAUCUGUUUACAAUAAUACUUGUUUGAAAGUGCCAAAAAAAUCGAAUACAGAGCGCUUCAAUCAAAAGUUUCUGAGUGAGUUGCAUAAUGAAGUGACGAAAAACUUUAAUGAUAGAAUGAAAGCCGACCUGAUGAAAUCGCCGCGCGGCGACGUUAGGAUGUUUAUCGAUUUUUUCGAUAGUAUUCCGGAAUACGAUGAUGUAAAUCAUUUGUCCAAUAAAGACUUCUAUAGGAAAUUGGAGAAUUUGAAAGAAAAACAGCGUGUAUUUUGCCAACGCAUGAAUAAUGAAUUAAAAUUUGCAACCAAAGAUACAACGUGUAUAGAUGACUUCAAAAACCGGCAUACUGACUACAAAAACUCUUCAGCCGUUGAUAAUGAAAACCCCAGAGUAUUCUGUGGCACUCCCACACCGAAGAAAUCAUCACAAGAAAGAUACCUUCCUGAUGAAAACUUGUCUUUAUCUGACAUGAUGUUAUCCAAACCACCGUCUCGAAGAUCUGUACGCAUCGAAACUCCCAGUAUGAAUUCUUCUCCUGAACUCACAUCAAAACAUCAUCAUCCUCCUCACAAGUGGCAGAACAUGCUGCUUGAAAACCGAAAGCAUCUUAAUCAUGAUUGGGAUGAGUUGGUCAAUGAUGAUUUGAAUUCUGUUGAAAAAACACCUCUACCACUGGAAACCAGAAGCGCUCCAAAUAGUCCCACACGCACAAGAAAAUGCAGUUUAGAAGAAUACGACGGUAUCACCGUACCGAGGCCUUUCAAAAUGACAGUUAGAGAUGAAGAGAAUAAGAUCGUUGACGAGUUGCUUCUAAAAAUUAAAGGCAAGGAGGAAAAGCCGCAUUUAUUUAAAGCUCACGAUGUACCCAUUGAAUCACAAAUUCCUUUGUUCGACAAAAUUAUGGAAGAUCAACACAAAAGGAGCCAAAAAGUGAAACAAAAAAGAAAAGCGGAUUUACAAGCUCAGAUGAGGCCAUUUUCAUUUACCCGGCGAGAUGAAGAGAUUCAAGAAUUGACAAAAACGUUUUCAAAAUCCUUACCGUGUGUUUAUUAUGACGACAUUCCGGUGAAAGUCAAAAAGUUUAGAGCCAAACCUAUACCCAGGAAUCUAUUUAGCAAUUACAUUUACAAAAAAAUGCACGAGGAUGAAUUUUAUAGGGCUCUCCAGAAAAAAGUGAGGGCGGAAGAAAUGCUCAAGCAAGCAUCUUUACCACCCUCCAUGGCCAAAAGAGAACACUCAAGAUCAAAAAUAGAUGUAUGUCCAAGAUCAUACCGUGAAUUAUAUAGUAGUGAGGAAAGGGAUACUCCAAUUAAAAAGCACAGACAUAAUUACAAGAAACAGAAAAGAAGAGUCCCAUCGGCAGUUAGUAGAAAUAGUACAGAAUCAAGAACUCCCUCUUCAUUGGACAUGUCAUCGAUUAACAGAUCUAAUUUGGCAGCAGUUUUAAGAAUACAGUCCGCUAAAAAACGAAUUGAAAUGGACAUAACUAGAAAACUGGAAGAAGCCAAGCUAAAAGAAGAAGCAAUAUGGCGUGAAAAGUUAAUGAGAAAAAAAUCCGUUUGGCAAGCCUUAGCGUAUAGUCAUGAAGAAGAUUUGGCAAUGAGGCUGCAACAGAGACGAGACGAAGAGAAACUUCGUAAUGAGGAACACAGACUAAGAAUGGAACUAAUGCUUGGCAGGGUAAAUCAACAACCAACAUUAUUUGAGAGGCAAUCUCAAAUUAAAUUUUCAAAACCAUUGGAACGUAAUGACUGUAAUGAGGAAUAUAAAUCUCUAAAAAAAAAUAAUAGAAAACCCCGUUCAAAAAGCAUGUCAAGCGGUUUUUCGGAUGCAAAGUCGGUAACCAAUAAAACAAUGAUCGAAAAAAACAGCUUACAAAGUGCGAAACAUAGUAUUAAAGAAUCUACUUAA